AAAUGAAUGAAUAAUAAUAAAAAUUAUACUACUGCCAGCACGGACGCUUCUGUUUUCUCUCAGCUUUUUUAUUUUAUCAUUUGGUGUCCUCGUGAUACUUUACCUUCUCUCUUUACUAAAUCUCUGCCUUUCUCACUCCUCACAGUCACAGUACACACUCUCUCUCUCCCUCUUAACAUAUACCUCAUAAUAUUAUGGGUCUACUUCGCCGGAAAACCACUCGUUGUUUUGUCCAAAUCCGAUUCGAGAAGGAACCAUUGAGAAGAAGCUAAAUUGUAGGGGAACAGACCCAUAUCGACAAAGAACAAGCCGCCAUUGUUGUUUCCUUCUUUGUUUGUCUACAUCUCAAACUAAGAAAUGGGUAUGGGUUUUUUAAGCUCUCUGUUUUGUUGCUUACUUUACUUAUUGAUGGUACUCAGUGGUGGGCGACUCACCAACUCGGAACCGACUCAGGACAAGCAAGCUCUCCUUGCUUUCAUCUCUAAAACUCCUCACGCCAGUCGAAUCCAGUGGAACUCGUCCGACUCAGCCUGUAACUGGAUCGGAGUCACGUGCGACGCCAACAAGUCAUUUGUUUAUAGUCUUCGUCUACCUGGAGCUGACCUCGUUGGUUCGAUUCCCCCUAAUACACUCGGCCGCCUGAGUCAGCUAAGAGUCCUCAGUCUCCGUUCCAAUCGUCUCACUGGGGAUAUUCCCUCUGAUUUCUCUAAAUUAACCUUACUUCGAAGUUUGUACCUCCAAGACAACCGGUUUUCCGGUGGUUUCCCGGCGAGUCUGACACACCUUGGUCGCUUGGGUCGACUUGAUCUCUCUACUAACAAUUUCACGGGCUCAAUCCCGUUUUCCAUCAACAAUCUGACCCACUUGAGCGGACUUUUUUUGGAAAACAAUGGGUUCUCGGGGUCCCUUCCAAGCAUUUCGAACGUCAAUUUGGUCAAUUUUAACGUCUCUAACAACAAACUUAACGGCUCAAUUCCUCAGAGCCUGUCAAAGUUUCCGGCAGACUCAUUUGCCGGAAACCUUCAACUCUGCGGAGGACCAUUGUCGUCGUGUAAUCCAUUUUUCCCAGCUCCGGCCGAAUCGCCAUCCGAGAACAAACCUCCGGCAAACCCAGUUCAUAAUAAGUCCAAGAAGAGGCUAUCGACCGGUGCCAUUGUAGGAAUAGCUAUUGGCGCCGCUGUGGGUAUUUUUCUCCUACUGCUCAUUCUCUUUUUCUGUUUAAGAAAACGCCGACAAAGUCAGCCGCCGAAGACCCCAAAACCUGUUGUAGCGACGCGUUCUGUUGGUGGCAUAGCUGAGGCCGGAACGUCUUCGUCAAAGGACGACAUUACAGGUGAGUCAACUGAGGCCGAGAGGAAUCGGCUAGUGUUCUUCGAUGGUGGGAUUUACAGCUUCGAUUUGGAGGAUUUGCUUAGAGCGUCGGCGGAGGUUUUGGGGAAAGGGAGCGUGGGAACAUCAUACAAGGCGGUGCUGGAGCAGGGUAUUACGGUGGUCGUGAAGAGGUUGAAAGAUGUGGUAGUGAGCAAGAAAGAGUUUGAGCAACAAAUGGAUGUUCUUGGACAUAUCAAACACGAUAAUGUAGUACCUCUCAGAGCGUUUUACUUUUCCAAGGAUGAAAAAUUACUUGUAUAUGAUUUCAUGGCCGCCGGUAGCUUGUCUGCUCUUCUUCACGGAAGUAGAGGUUCGGGCCGGACUCCAUUGGAUUGGGAUAGUCGGAUGAAGAUAGCGAUUGGCGCUGCUCGAGGGUUGUCCCAUCUUCAUCUCUCGGAGAAGGUCAUCCACGGUAACAUCAAAUCUUCAAACAUCCUUCUCCGACAAGACCACGACGCCUGCGUAUCAGAUUUCGGUUUACAAUCCGUGUUCGGGUCCUCAACUCCGCCCAAUCGGGUCGCGGGUUAUCGGGCUCCGGAGGUAUUGGAGACCCGGAAAGUCACAUUCAAAUCGGACGUGUACAGUUUCGGUGUUUUGCUACUGGAGCUCCUAACUGGCAAAGCUCCGAAUCAGGCCUCGCUAGGCGAAGAGGGCAUUGAUCUGCCUCGGUGGGUCCAAUCGGUCGUACGGGAAGAGUGGACGGCGGAGGUGUUCGACGUUGAGCUGAUGAGGUACCACAAUAUAGAGGAAGAGAUGGUGCAGCUUCUUCAGAUAGCCAUGUCGUGUGUCUCUACCGUACCAGAUCAGAGACCCGGAAUGCAAGAGGUGGUUCGAAUGAUUGAAGAUAUGAAUCGAGGAGAGACUGACGACGGUUUACGACAAUCGUCGGAUGAUCCCUCCAAAGGAUCUGACGGUCAAACACCUCCCACUGAGUCUAGGACCCCACCUAGCUCCAUCACACCUUAGAAUAAUUGUAAAGCUUCGGAAGUAAAAAUUAAAGAGAAAAAAGAAUAGAAAAAAGAAAUGAAGAAAAGAAAAAACGACAAGGAAAUGUGGUGGGUCUGUCGUCUUAAAAUGUGCAAUUGAUCGUAGGACACGGUGUGACUGUGGUCCAAUAUCUUUUUUUAGUUUUUUAUUUUUAUUUUUUAAUUUUUGAUUUGAGUUCAUUUUUUUUUGCAAUUAUUUUUAUAGCUGGGAGGGAUUUGAAUUGUUAAUGAAAGGGAAUGUGGGAGGAUGAAUGGGAUUUCAACAAACUGAUCAUUGGAAUUUGACGACCAUUUCACGAACUCUAGCUGGGUUUUAUCUUUAUUUUAGUUUAAUUCUUUAUUUAUAUUUAGGUCUGUUACUUUUACAAUAUUUGUCUGGUACAGUCGAUAGUAUUACCUGUUUAUUUUGUUUUGUCUUUGUACGUAAUUUUAUGUAUUUUUUUUUUUGUUUAACAAAUUUUAUGUAGUUUUGUUUGUACGAUGCAAUA